AACAACUUCAUUCAAAACUUCAACUCCACAACAUAAAAACACAAGAACUCAGAUUCUCCUACUACAAUUUGGUCAACCAAGAGUUUGUCAAAUCGAUUAACAUGGAAGGGUCAGUGAGCUAUGAGAACCAUGAUGAGCAGCUCAACUUCAAGGAAACUGAGCUCACAUUGGGAUUGCCCGGAAGCGGCAAAGAAGAAUUAGCUGCUACAUCACCUCUUCCAACUAAGAAGAGAGCUUCACCGGAGCAAGAGCCUGCGGAUGAGGAGUGCAGGUCGUCUACUACCGACGAUGAGACUUCCCGUCCAUCCAAGACACAAGUUGUUGGAUGGCCUCCGAUCAGAUCUUACCGGAAAAAUGCUAUGCAAGCGUACGUUAAAGUAAGCGUAGACGGAGCUCCUUACCUGAGGAAGAUUGAUAUCACGGUUUACAAGAGCUAUUCGGAACUUCUCAAGGCCCUAGAGGAUAUGUUUAAGCUAACCAUUGGUAGCUACUCAGAGAGAGAAGGCUACAAUGGAUCUGAGUUUGCUCCUACUUAUCAAGACAAAGAUGGUGACUGGAUGCUAGUCGGAGAUGUGCCAUGGAAUAUGUUUGCUUCGUCCUGCAAAAGGUUGAGAAUCAUGAAAGGAUCUGAAGCUAGAGGAUUGGCUUGUCUCUGAAUAUACCACAAACACAUUAAGGACAGGUCAAGAGUCCUCAAUUUGGCUCGAGUUCUCCACCAAAGUUUCCUGAGAAUUCGAGGUUUACUACACGCAUAUAUUAGUUACAGAAUACAGUUUCAUUUUUCCGUUUCAAAAUCAAUAUCUGCUUGAAAGAUAAUCUAAAAGAAAAAAAGAGGAGCAUAUAUAGUUGAGAUCCAAUUGUACAGCGGAUUUUACUUGUAUGAUUUAAUUUUUUUUUACCAAACUCAUGUAUGAAUAAGUUUGCACAACAA